UCUUUGUUUCAUUGUAUGGUAUUUUCGUUUCAUUUUAUCUCUCAAAGGCUCUCUCUCUUCCUCCCAUUCCUCAAGUGGUUUUUUUUUUAGUUUUUGUCUCUCUUUCUUGGCUUGAGAAACGAGAGGAGGACAAGCCUCAAACACAGCUUUUUUUUUAUCCUUUUGUGGUCUAAUCCUUUUUUGUUAUUGUUAAUACUCUUUUCCAGAUCGAUCAAAGUCUUUAAUUCCCUCCCGUUAGGACUAUACUAUAAUUUAUAGGGAAGUUCAAGGUAGCCCUAAUGCAGGGGCAGAAAGGUACUGUUGGUUCCAUGCCUGAAACCUUCUUUGACCAUGGUUCUACGUCAAGUAAUGCUUCUAUAGACCAGAAGGUUUGCUGGAAUAAUAUUCGAAAUCCGAUAGAAAAUAGACUGACUGAUUGUUUGCUGUCAUCGAAUGACAUAAACAUUGGAUCUAUGAAUUCGAUUGGUCGAGAGGAGCAGGAGAUGGGGAGAUGGAGCUCGGCCGAGCCUAGCUCUAUUGGUUCACAGAAUGAGGAAAACCAUAAUGAAUGGAAAAUGGACCAUGGAUUAUCAACUUCCACGAGUGUCUCUGCAAACGCUGGUCCAAGUUUAGAAGAGCAGUGGUAUGAACCAAACUCUCUGUUUGUUCAAAGUUCCAAUUAUGAUGCAGUUCCUCAGAAUCUCAACUUAAAUGCUGGCUUAGUGGGUCACAGAGAUGAUAAUUGUCAAGCUACCGAACAGUCUAACCUAUAUAAGCCUAGUGGGUCCGGAAAUGAGCAAAUUUCACGUGGUCCUGACAGUGGUCGUACAUCUUGUAAAAGAAAGGCUCUUGAAGCAAAUGUUGGACAUUCCUCUUCAAGCGGAAGUUCUAGCAGCCUCAAUUGUGCAGAUGGUAGUGCUUGGCACGGAGUUUCUGCUAGUUAUAAUGCAGGAAGCAGUGUGAAUAUAUCUGCCCCCACGAGGCAAGUGCAUCCUAGACUUGGAUUUGAUGUUAGAGGAUCAGGUUCUGACAGCAUUCCUGGACCGAAUUUGUUGCCUACUGCAGAGGCUUCACACAGGGAUUUCCGACUGAGAAUAAGUCCUUUAAGUAUACAAGAACCAAUGACUCCAAUAUUUUCUUCAGGUGGUACAAUCAGGCAGCCUGUUGUUUCAUCUUUGCAGCAGUCAUCUAGACUUCUUCCAGUCAAUCAUUCUCUUGACUCAAGUUCAGCACCAGUGGUAGAUAAUGCAACUCCUCAAAACCCAAAUUCUGUAAUUCAUGUUCCAAUUUUGGCACGAAAUAUGCAACCAUUUAGGUGGAAUGGAAGUUCUGGCUUAAGAGCUUCUAGUUCAUCAAGUUCUAAUGUAUAUGCGGAUAGAGAAGCCGUACCGGAUGGGGGACAUCAGUCAAGAAGCAUGGCUAGGAAUCUGUCAGAUCAUCCUAUGUUUGUUGCUCCGCCCGAGUUGAGAGCAUUGGUUAGAAAUUCAACAAAUCAAGGUUUAAGCAGUGGAAAUAUAAAUGUCCCUGUAAAUGGUGCUUCUACAUCUCGUGCCGGAUCAAGUUCUGGUGCCAAUGCCUUGCCUGCUUCUGCUUAUGUCCCUCAUUCCAACACCUCUUCACGAUACCCGCGGAGAUUGUCAGAACUUGUUCGUCGGUCAUUGAUAUCUUCCCUUGCUGCUGAAUCUGGAGGCCAGGGCAAUCAAUCAUCACUUUCUUCGGGACCUCCUACUCCGGAACAGAUGCUACUUUCCUCUGGAAUAGCUAAUCAGGGGCAUCAUCGUUCAUACCCUAGGUCAGUGCCAUGGUUGGAGAGACAAGAUGCUGCAGAUUUGCUUGGAAUUCCCCAUUCCUUGCGGACUUUAGCUGCUGCCACCGAGGGAAGAAGCAGGCUUGUUGUGUCUGAGAUUCGCAAUGUCUUGGAUCUCAUGCGCAGGGGUGAGAACUUGCGAUUUGAGGAUGUUAUGAUCCUUGAUCAAUCAGUAGUUUCUGGGAUAGCUGAUAUGCAUGACCGGCACAGGGGCAUGCGGCUUGAUGUUGAUAACAUGUCAUACGAGGAGUUGCUAGCUUUGGAAGAGCGUAUUGGUUACGUAAGCACAGGGUUGAACGAAGAAACUAUAUCAAACCGUCUGAAACGACGAAAGAACUCUAAAGCACUGGAAUCUCAGACAGAGGCAGAGCCAUGUUGUGUUUGUCAGGAGGAAUAUAAUGAGGGAGAGGAUCUCGGUACGCUCGAAUGUGGCCAUGAUUUUCAUGCUGAUUGCAUUAAACAGUGGUUGAUGCAGAAGAACUUGUGCCCCAUUUGUAAAACAACGGGUCUGACUAAAUGAGAUGACCCGAUUAUCUCGAGGCAAUGGGUUGUUCAUCAUCGUGUUGGAGAAAGAAAAAGUCCUGUGAUCGGCCUGGCUUCCAUAAAUCCAUCAAACAUGAUGCCUUCCCAGUGUGCUGCCUCUAUAUCCGUGGCAGUUUCAGUUAAACAAAGCGAUGGAUGUCUGAAUAACUAUAUUUUCCGUUUGAUGA